AUGAUGGGAGGAAUCCUCGGGCUGCCAAUGCAAAUGCAAACCUUCCUGAACGGAGGGUUCAUGGAGGUGAUGGUCGACUGCAUCUCCUUCACUCGAUGGAGUGUUUCCAUGAGCUUCCUUGAAUACCUCGCACUCCAUCCUCCAGAUGAAGCGAAGCUGGACACUAUCAACGGUGAAUUGCUCAAGUUGUUCAGAGAUCAUGCUUACACCAAGGCAACCUUCAUCCUUGAUGUCCGUGACGGCCAGUGGUGGACCGGAGUUCUAGCCUUGCUUUUACAAGGUUCUGUCCUGCGGGCAGGACACUUACGUUUCGGCCCGGUUGGAGCCUGUAAUAACUGCAACUGCACGUUGCGAUGCCGGCGGGCCGGCAUACGGGCGAGCGAAAGAUUCUGCUGCAAGCACCGUGGUAGACUUCGAGUGUUGCCAAGCUGA